AUGGGCAGCUAUGAAGGGGUUUUCUAUAGGAGAUGUGAUGAACCUGAAAUGAUCAAAGUUCGGAGGAAAAGUUUCAACAACUUUACCAUCGGGGCAUUACUUCGGCUUGAGGCAAAGGAAGAUUUGCAGAAAUUACUACUGGAGCUAUAA